AUGUGGAGGCUGAGAGCCCACAGCUAUCUGAUCUCGGGUCUGCUAAUCCUUGGAUUAUCUGGGACCUACCAACAGGCGACCCAAACCUCCACCAGCAGCCCCCAGACCACCAAGCAGACGAGCGAUCGGCACAGCUUCCACCUUGCCCUCCCCCACACCUCCGCCGACCUGGACGCCCUCACCAACGCCACCCUGAGCGCCUACCUCUCCAUCACAGCCGGCACCUACAACAGCACGCCGGUGAACGUGACCGUCUGGCACCCGGUGAUGUCCGUCAGUUCCGUGACGGUCCAGCUGGGCGCCUUCAACAAGUUCUACCUCCCCUCGACGUUGGUGCACCCUGACUCGGGGCGUUCAAGCCGCGGGGUGCUGGUGACGUCAUCGUACCGGAUACACGUCACGCUCUACACUAAAAUCCAACAAAUCACUGGAACAAUUGCCUUGGCAUAUUAUGAGAUAUUUGAUGUAUGUCAAAGAUCAGCGAGCAGGGUGGAGAGUUUGACACUCGCCAACAUCCUACCGCUGCGUCUGCUCCACACGCAGUACAUGUUGGUGACGCUUCCCACCAAGAACAUCUCCAGUCUCGCUCGCGUCAUUGUCGUGUCGACGCAAGAUGGUAACACUAUGGAGUUAAGGUUCCCAAAACUGGACACGUCACCGUCCAUUGAGUUUACUCUCAAGCAGACUGCGGUUGUAAGACCUCAGUUCAUUGGCGUAACCCUGGACCAAUCAGACGUUCUCUUUCUGGAGAGCAAAGGAGAUCUAACGGGUUCAACUGUGAAGUCGGCCUAUCGUGUCGCUGUUUUUAUCGCCAUGAACGAGAUACCAGCUCCAACUCUACAGCUCCAGCUCUCCAGCUCCAACUCUCCAGCUCCAGCUCUCCAGCUCCAGCUCUCCAGCUCCAACUCUCCAGCUCCAACUCUCCAGCUCCAACUCUCCAGCUCCAACUCUCCAGCUCCAACUCUCCAGCUCCAACUCUCCAGCUCCAACUCUCCAGCUCCAACUCUACAGCUCCAGCUCUCCAGCUCCAACUCUCCAGCUCCAACUCUCCAGCUCCAACUCUCCAACUCUACAGCUCCAACUCUCCAGCUCCAACUUUCCAGCUCCAACUCUCCAGCUCCAACUCUCCAGCUCCAACUCUCCAGCUCCAACUCUCCAGCUCCAACUCUCCAGCUCCAACUCUCCAGCUCCAACUCUCCAACUCUCCAGCUCCAACUCUCCAGCUCCAACUCUCCAGCUCCAACUCUCCAGCUCCAACUCUACAGCUCCAGCUCUCCAGCUCCAACUCUCCAGCUCCAACUCUCCAGCUCCAACUCUCCAGCUCCAACUCUCCAACUCUCCAGCUCCAACUCUCCAGCUCCAACUCUCCAGCUCCAACUCUCCAGCUCCAACUCUACAGCUCCAGCUCUCCAGCUCCAACUCUCUAGCUCCAACUCUCCAACUCUACAGCUCCAACUCUCCAGCUUCAACUCUCUAGCUCCAACUCUCCAACUCCAACUCUCCAACUCUACAGCUCCAACUCUCCAGCUUCAACUCUCUAGCUCCAACUCUCCAACUCCAACUCUCCAACUCUCCAGCUCCAACUCUCCAGCUCCAACUCUCCAGCUCCAACUCUCCAGCUCCAACUCUACAGCUCCAGCUCUCCAGCUCCAACUCUCUAGCUCCAACUCUCCAACUCUACAGCUCCAACUCUCCAGCUCCAACUCUCCAGCUCCAACUCUACAGCUCCAGCUCUCCAGCUCCAACUCUCUAGCUCCAACUCUCCAACUCUACAGCUCCAACUCUCCAGCUCCAACUCUCCAGCUCCAACUCUACAGCUCCACUCCAACUCUCCAGCUCCAACUUUCCAGCUCCAACUCUCCAGCUCCAACUCUCCAGCUCCAACUCUCCAGCUCCAACUCUCCAGCUCCAACUCUCCAGCUCCAACUCUCCAGCUCCAACUCUCCAGCUCCAACUCUCCAGCUCCAACUCUCCAGCUCCAACUCUACAGCUCCAGCUCUCCAGCUCCAACUCUCUAGCUCCAACUCUCCAGCUCCAACUCUCCAGCUCCAACUCUCCAGCUUCAACUCUCCAGCUUCAACUCUCCAGCUCCAACUCUCCAGCUCCAACUCUCCAGCUCCAACUCUCCAGCUCCAACUCUCCAGCUCCAACUCUCCAGCUACAACUCUCAAAAUCUCCAGCUCCAACUCUCCAACUCUCCAGCUCCAACUCUCCAGCUCCAACUCUCCAGCUCCAACUCUCCAGCUCCAACUCUCCAACUCUCCAGCUCCAACUCUCCAACUCCAACUCUCAAGCUCCAACACUCCAGCUUCAAGCUGUUGCUUCCCAACGGCGUCUCGAGGCGGAACGGGAGGUGCAGACCGCAUCGGGUGA